AAACAAAAACAAAAAUAGAUGGACUCUCCCAGUAAAGCACGGGGGUCAGAAAGAACAUACUGGCGAGGAGAUGGCCUUCUAUCACUCCCGUAUCUUUUUUAUUGCUCGCUGGAAAUUUCGCCAUUUCCCUUUAAGCCCUACUCCCAGGUGACCCCUGCGAGCCUCUUUAUCCUCUGCCCUGAAGUCAUCACAAUGGCCAGAGCUGGUUAUGACUCGGGGCCUCUGUGACAUCACCAACGGCCCAGCUCUAGUCUCCAGUCUCCAGGUGCGAGGGCAGACCAGCCCACCAUGAGCCACUUCCUCCCCCGUCUCUGCUCACCAUGCGGACACUGAAAUGGUUCCUGUUCUUGCCUCUGUGCCUCUCCUGCGGCUAUGCCUUUAUGUUUUCUUCUCUGAGAGAUAAAGCCAAAGAACCCCAGGGGAAGGUGCCUUGCGGAGGGCACUAUCGAAUUCGGCAGAAUCUACCGGAGCAUGCCCAAGGCUGGCUGGGCAGCAAGUGGCUCUGGCUGUUUUUUGUUGCUGUGCUGUAUGUGAUACUAAAGUUUCGAGGAGAUAGUGAGAAGACUAAGGAGCAGAAGAAUCCUUCUGCCCUUCGAGGCUGUUCAUUUCGCUCUCCAAUAAAGAAGAAUCAAAACGCUUCCCCCAACAAAGACUAUGCAUUCAAUACCUUAACCCAACUCGAGAUGGACCUUGUGAAAUUCGUGUCCAAGGUGCGGAAUCUGAAAGUCGCCAUGGCAACCAGUGGUCACCUCAAGCUUCAGAACUUAGAGGUGCCUGCAGACCCACAGAAUAAUAUUACAAUAUAUGAGAUAUGGGGCGAAGAGGACUCCGAGUGAGUGGAUUUGUGUGUCAGAGUAGGAGAGAAAAAGUUGAGUGUUGACAAACCGUACGCAAACUAAUAAAACUAUUCUGAAGA